CAAAGCUUGGUUUUAGAGGUUGUUAUCCACUACCUGCCCUGUAUUGUUGCAAAGGGAGAGGAUGAGAGAGUGAGCUGAGAAUGGCAAUAACCCUUCUCUCUGUUCCCACUCCUCACCGGACUCCACUCUUUGGAAACAAAUUGUUGCAUGGCAAUGGCUCCACAACUCUCCUUAGGUACCCAUCCAUGUCUGUUAUCCCUGUCUCUGCUGCUGCUUCUUCUUCUCCUCCUUCAAAUUCUGUUGUAGAAGAUGGUCCUUCCACACCACCUGAUACUCUUCCUGUCCAACGCGAGUCUUCCACUCAAGAACUUGAACAGCUUCCUCUCAGGGGUUGCAAGGCAUGCGGGAGAGAGGAAAUUGAAAAGGGAUGCAAUGGCGAGGGAAGGAUUCAAGGUGGGAUUGCUACUGUCGCAGGGUUUGGCUGGUGGCCAAUAAAGGCAUACAGGCCUUGUCCUGGACUUGUAGCAUCUGGUGGCAGGUAUAGGCGGCGUGGCCAAAGCAUGGAUGAGGUUGGCUUUGGAAGAGCGGAGACAUGAAUUUCUGUAGGCCAUAGUGAUGAGGAUCAGUCAAGGUAAAUUUGUUUUUAGUUCCAACGGUAAAUCUUGAUUUGUUCUAAAGCUGCUUGUUUUGGUCUUGAUUACAUUAGCUAAUUGUUUUUGCUGGCACAAGACAGUCUUUCAGAUUAUCUUACUGAUGGAAAAGCUUGACUGCCGUGUGAUUAAAUUUAUCUCUCUUUCAUUUUGAAUGAGAAUUGAAACCAGUAAAUAUAAAGCCAUAUAUGAGUUUCCUUCAAACCUCAUUCUAUACAAAUUUCCUUCAAACUUCGCGCUCGCCAUGGCAGCAUAUAUCGAAAACCAUAAUACCAAAUAUUGAGGUGAGAUAACCAGCUAGGCUAUCGCCAGCGGCUAAUCCUCAUCAAUUCAUCAUUCUCCACAUUUUGAUGGGGAGGUCAUGGUUCAGCCUAAAGUAUUAGUAACCUGUUUUGGUGCUGCUGGGUUUUUUUUCUCCCCAAUGUUUAAUUAUGUUGCCAAUUAGAAUGUACAAAACUAUACAGGUUAAUGAACAGAUAGAUACUGGUUGGCAUUGUUGAAUUUACAUACUGUUCCUGUACCUUGCUGAAUUAGUACAUGCUGUAAAAUAUGCUUUAGUAUUGAAUAGUUUGCUAUAUGUGAAAUGUAUCACCAAUGUACUAGUAAAACAAUUCCAAAGAAUAUGUAUUACCAUUUUGUGUAUAACCAAUGUGCAA